AUGCCCUCGCGACGCAGCCAUACCAAAUCCCGGAAGGGUUGCGUUCAGUGUAAGAAGCGACAUGUGAAGUGCGACGAAGGAACCCCUCGAUGUGGUCUGUGCAAGAAGAGAAAUUUGGAUUGCACUUAUCCUUCCAGUGAUGUCGAUAGUCAAAAUCCCUCCACACCACAAGAAUCUGCUGAGCCAAUAUCCAGCCCAGAAACAGAUUCGUCCCAAACGCGAAUGCUCGAGAUGAGGCUAUUUCACCAUUAUCUCACAGAGACAUACAUCACUUUGUGUCAAGGCCGUCUCGAUGCACAUCACUUUCAAGUUGUGAUCCCACGCAUUGUGGUGUCACACCCGUUCUUGAUGGACAGCCUCUUGGCAUUAUCUGCUCUGCAUCUUGCCUAUUUGGAACAGCAUGAUAACCGUUCCUGGCUAGAAAUUGCUUUGAAGUAUCAGAAUCGAGCCUGCUCAGCCUUCAGCCGAAUAUUAGCAGGCAUCUCCCCCGAGACUUGUGGGCCAGCUUUCAUUUGCUCCAUUUUUAUCAUGCUAUGCGCAACGGCAUACCCGUGCGUUUCAGAGGACAGGCAGACAUUCGAGCCGCUGUCUCAUGUAUUAGAAAUUCGUCAGCUCAUCGCUGGCUGUGCACUCCUAUUCGAGCAACUCAACGGCAUGGAAUACCGAGGGGACUUGCAGGGAUGGCUGAAAUGGAAGGAUGAUGAAGUGGAUCAGGACGGCAAUCCAUAUCAAGUGCGGGAAUCUCAACUUAAACUUCGGAGUGCGAUCAUGGAUUCCAUGAAGGGCGUCCAAGAAAAGUUUGCCAGUUUUGGCGGACCAAAUCAGGUAACUUACCAGGCUACUUGGCAAAUCCUUCACGAAGCGAUCAAGAGAUGGCCGUUUGGUGGCCCGAACGGCGGUAUAAUCGCGUGGCCUAUUAACAUCGGUGAGGCCUAUAUCGAUCUGCUCAAACAAGGAGAUUGGGUGGCUCGAAUACUGUUCCUACACUACGGUGUCGGGCUUCAUCUUCUCUCAGACAAAUGGUUUGUUCGAGAUUGGGGCCGGCGUCUCAUCGAGACCGUUUUGCAACCAGAAGAUGAGAUUCCUACAAUCUGGACGGACACUAUCUCCUGGACUAGGAGCGCAGUUGAGCUCGAAAAAUGA